GAUUUUAUGAAUUCUUAAUUAUCCACUUUGGGAAAACUAGUUGUGUAAAUUUCUGACAUCAGUUUCUAACUGCUUAAAUAUUACAUGUAUUUUACCAAUCAAAUCGUUCCUAAAUCCUUAUUAAAGAAAUGCAUAGAAAAAGCUUUAUUUGCUUCUCCUAUGAUGCGUUCCUUUGCCAACAUAACUCCAAUACAAAUGGCGUAUACACUUUAUGGGGAAAAUAACUCUACAUAUUUGCCUCUAAUAAUAAUGCAUGGGCUCUUUGGUUCCCAGCGUAAUUGGAAAACUGUUGCUCGAACAUUGGAAAGUAAAGUGGAUAAAAUGGGGUUGCAGUCUGUCAAAUAGCACAAUUCCCAUUUCAUUGGCGCCGCGAUCUAAAGGUACCGUUGGAAAGAGGAAGUCGUCCUGUUUAAAAAAUAUUAUAGAUAUUUACUGUAGAUGCGAGAAAUCACGGCGAUAGUCCCCAUACAUCUGAGCAUAGUUCUGCUCAUAUGGCAGUUGAUAUUUCAGAAUUAAUGAAGAGUAAAGGAAUUACAAAAACAUGUGCAAUGGGCCAUAGCAUGGGAGGCAGAACGAUGAUGCAUUUAGCUCUUAAGCAACCGGAACUUGUGGACCGGGCAAUUAUUAUUGACAUAUCUCCCAUUGCAGUGCCGCGAGACUUUCAUCAAAUGGAUGAAAUAUUUAAAGCUAUGGAAAAUGUUGAUAUUCCUGCGAAAUAUUCAUUAGGACAAGGGCGCAAAAUAGCUGAAGAACAAAUUAAAAAAGCAGUGGGAGUCCAAGCAACUGUUGAGUUUAUAUUGAUGAAUUUGAGAAAACGGAAUACUGGAGAAUUCUAUUGGGUUCCUAAUAUUGCUACUCUUCACAAAAAUUUGAGAUUAUUCAACGACUUCCAGGAGCAUGUGAAGGAUUUACCACCUUUCAGAGGACCAGUGAUGUUCAUAUGUGGAAAUCAAUCCAAUUUUGUUGAUCCUAAUAGUUGGCCGGAUAUUCAACAAAUGUUUCCUAACUCGGAACUACAUUGGCUUGAUGCGGGUCAUUUAGUCCAUUUUGAUCAGCCGGAAAUGUUUCUUAAUUUAGUCGUGGAUUUUUUGAGGCGAUAAUUUUAAAUAAACUUAGAUUAUUUUACAUGUUUAUGUGGCAAACCAUAAAUAAUAAUUAAAUUUUAACUCUCAAUGCAA